AAAUUAUUUUUGCCAGCAUCCCCCACUAAUAGCGGACUGAGACAGCCACGUCAGCCGCUCCAGUUGCAUCAUGGCGGUCGUCGAAAGCCCAAGCGGAGUGGAUCUGCUACAGCGCUGUGCAAGUCCCACUGCAGCACUCGACUCAAUUGAUGGCAGUGGAGGCAGCCAUACAGCGACCAGCGAUGUGUCUUCCGGGAGCUCGAAUGUGUCGCCACAUGGCGAACCUUGUAUAGACGCCUCGCAGGCAGUAUCAGCGAAGCAUGAAGGAGAACCCACAAUCCAGGUUGCCGACCUGCACCAGCAGAUACAAAUGAUACAAGAGCAGUUGGAGAACGAGCGGGUGCAACGGAAGAUGAUGGCGGAGCGAGCGAUGGGACCAAGUAGUGGGAUGGGUGGUGCUUCGUGGAGUCGACCUUGGCUGUACGAGUGGGACAUGUUCCGACCAGAGACCUACUCCGACCAGAGCAGCAAAUCCUACUACAUGAGCCGAGUAACCGAUCCUAUCGUCACCGACAUGGCCCAGGUGCAUGAGCGCAAGCGGAUUAUGAUGGGGGUGGUCGAAGCGGAGCUCAAAUGGCUCAAGAACGAGGACGACGCCUACAAUACCAUGGUGAAGGAGAAGGAGGACCUCAAGACGGAGAACACCCAGUUGACGGAUCGGUUGACCUUGAUGGAAGCCCAAGUGCGCCAGUGGGAUCCGAAUCUGCUCUCCGAGAAGAAACCCACCAAGCAUUCCAAGGCCAAGGAGGGCAACAAAUCAACUGAGAACGAAGAAGACGACGAUGAUGCGUCUGUAAAAUCCCAGCAGUGGCCGACGGCGCAGCUCAAUCGCGUGGAGUGGGCUUCUUUUUCCUCACCUUAUCAUCAAGUGAAAGAGACCUUCGCCAUUGAUGUGCUGGAAGGGGAACCGGUCAUUAGCUUCAUGUCCUAUUACCGCCCCUGGUGGACAACGAAGAAGAGCGUGUCAGAAGAGAAAAAAGCCCCUGCAGCAAAGAAGAGGCUCGGCCCCCCCGGUCAAGGGCCCAUGCCCGAACGCAUUCGCAUCAACUCCCAGCAGAUCCUCAAGAUUCUUCAAAAGCUGGAACCGGAUAACUUCACCGACGCCGAUGAAUCCCUGAUUAUGAUUCGGCCGUUCAAAGCCCUGGUGUUCUUUGAGGAUCAGCUCCGCCAAAUCCACCAGGUGCUUCUGGAGAAGCAUCGAGGAGCAAAGUCGGAGUCGCCCGAGGCUGAAAAGGGUGAAGAGAUGGCAGGAUCGGAGGAGAAAGAAGCUCGCCCCAGCUCUCCAACCACCGCAGACCAACCAGGAGAAAGCCGAGAAGGCGAGGAAAAUCAAGGCAACCCCGUGAGUGAGGUACUCAAAGACGAGUUCACCUCGUCAGAAACCGCACUUGAGCAGCUGCAGGUGUUGAUCAACUUUCUCGAUUUGGAUGUCAAAGCCAAGAUGGACUAUGUCCGCAGCGAGCAGUGCCACCGGGUGUCCUUUGCGGAUGUUUGGUAUCUCUUUCGACCCGGCGAUGAAGUUGUGGACCAGGUAGGCAAGCAAGCAUAUCGGAUCAUCGGCGUCACCAGCUCGCCGCAUAAGGUCAUGUCUCCCUACCGGAACUGGGAGACUUCCAGCAAAGAUGAGCCCACAGUGAUGCUGCAAUGCGUUCACAUCGACUUCGACGGGAAAUAUCUAGGGCCGGUGCUGCAAACUUUCCGGAUCGCACGGUUCGACGGGGAGAAGGCCAUCACCUCGCUUCGUGUCUUUCCUAUCCGACUGGCGGGCACAAGAGCGGGCGACCUGACGAGCAUUGUGGAUGUUAGGCAGAAACUCAUUGCCCGUGGCAAGAUGUUCAUUGACGUCUUGGCCAAGAAGCACAUGCACUACAGUGGGCUGACGCUGGAGACUCGCGAUGAAGUGGACGGCCAAGUGGUGAUUGAUUUCGAGAAGGCCUUCGAGAGCGAAGACAAAUCCAAGCAGCCCGCCGAGCUUGGCGACAACAACGGUGGGGAUGGUGGUGAAGAAGAGCUGGAGAAGGUGUGGCGGCCAAAGAUCCGCAGUCUGAUCAGCGUUGAGGUCCCUGAUGUCUCCGAAUCCGACUGCACAGCCGCAUGCUGCGCCAGAGAACGCGUGCACAAAGACCUCUAUGCCGAGCAGAAGCGGAACGAACACUAUCGUAACAGUCUGAUUCCGGAGGAGCUGUCCCAGCAGCCCUCUGCUGCCAUUUACCCCCGGGUAAAGAGUUCGCGAUCUUCCGACGACGCUCUUUCAGACGAUGAUUUUGUGAUCAUGAGUUAUCGAGUGUUCGGCUUCAGCCUGCGAAGUCGCAAAUGGGAAAAGCUCGACCUCACCCAUCUCAGCUACAUCCGAGGCAUCCGCGUGGAGAGCCAGGGCGAGGACCAAGGCAAACCGCAGGUUCGAGAAACGGCAUUCGAUCAGCUAGUGCUGGAGGAAGGCCACAAGAAGAUGUUGCUGUCUCUGGUCGCACAACAUUAUCGGGACAAGGAGUCACCCACCGCUGCGAAUGAGCAAGUCGAUAUUGUGCGCGGAAAAGGCAAGGGACUCAUUAUCCUCCUCCACGGUGCUCCCGGGGUGGGCAAGACCACAACGGCAGGUGCGUAUUGAGCCCCUUUACGGCUGUGAUGAUUUAGAGAUGAAUUGACCGUUGAUACAGAGGGUGUGGCCGAGCUCUUUGAAAAGCCCCUUUUCCAGAUCACCUGCGGUAAGCUCUCCUGUUCCCAGGGCCUAGCUCAAGCGGCCAACUGACACGCAUUCCAGGUGACCUGGGCACCACAGCUGAGAGCGUCGAGCAUGCUCUCGAAACGAACUUUGCCUUGGCUCAUCGAUGGGGCUGUAUCCUGUUGUUGGACGAGGCGGACGUGUUCUUGGCUAAGCGAACGCCUCAGGACUUCAAGCGAAAUGGCCUAGUGUCUGGUAUGUUUCGAACCCCCGCGAGCUUUGAGCAAGACUCGAGGUCAUUGACUCAGUUUUCAGUCUUCCUGCGAGUGCUCGAAUACUAUGCUGGAAUCCUCUUCCUCACUACCAACCGCAUCGGG